CUCCACAGCACGCCACCAAACAUUGAUCAAAUAAGCCACUUUUCUGUCUCUUUCCUCUAGGCACGCGAAGCGGGGAGAAAAGAUAGCAAUGGCGGAUGACAAGAAAGUGAAAGAAGAGGCAGACCAAAUCCUGGGACUUCAUCAGAAACUUCCCCGCCUUGUUGUCUUCGAUCUUGAUUACACUCUCUGGCCUGUUUACUGUGAGUGCUGCUAUGAGAGUGAUUCCCCAAAUUUGUACCCUCAUGCAAGAGGAAUAAUACAAGCUCUUAAGGGUCGAGGAAUUGAUGUUGCCAUUGCUUCAAGAUCUCCAGCUCGUGACAUAGCUACGACAUUUCUUGAGAAAUUGGGUAUAAGAUCCAUCUUUGUUGCCGAGGAGAUUUUUUCUAGUUGGACUCACAAGACACAGCAUCUGCAGAAAAUUCAACGGAAGACUGGAAUUCCAUUUGAUGCAAUGUUGUUCUUUGAUGAUGAGGAUCGAAACAUAGAAGCGGUCUCAAGAAUGGGUGUAACGAGUAUUUUAGUGUAUAACGGAGUUACACUAGAAGCUCUCAGGCAAGGACUCGUUGAAUUCUCCCAAGAAUCAAGUUCAUAUGGAACAAAAAAGACAAAGUGAUUUUCCUUAUUCAUCCCAGACCUAAGACAUCCCGUCUCUGCAGUUGCGGCGACUUGGUCAUUGAAGCUGACAUUUGUUACUUCAAACUAAUUUGUCUGAACAUGAAUCACCACCCUAGUUAGUUAUCUAGAUUAGUAUUUUGAUAAUAAGUAGAACGUGUAGAGCAUAAGCUAUUGACUACAGAAUUCUUGAGGCUGCAUCAACCGUUCACAUAGGACAGGUUCAAUUUAUUUGACAUUGAAUUGAAAAAGGCUCAAGGCUUAAAUCC